UUGAAGUGUUCAUCACCAUGCGACAUGACUGAAAUGCGAAUCAAGAAACUGCCAAAUCACGCUUGAGCUAAACCAACCUUUAGCGGUUAACCUAAGUCACUUGAGGUCUCAAGAAUAGAUCUCUACGUCCAAUAUGGCAAACACGCAUACCGAGCACACGUCAUUCGCUUUCCGUGAUCAAGACUUUAUCCUCGAAGACUACAGUGAUUACCCUCAUGACUUUUGCAGUCUUGAAAUUGAAAAUCUAUUCCCACGAGCUAUAUUUCCAAUUCUCCUCAAAAAAACUCGUGUCGCUGAUACCGCUUACACACUAAUCGAACCAGCCCUCCUCCUCGCCUCGCGAAUUAUAAUCCAACGUUGGGAGUCAUUCCGAAUAUUUGUCCGGCGUCAGCACCGUAACCCAACAGAAGGGUGGCUUGAUUCAGAUGGAGAACUUGAGCUAUCAAAGGAUGAAGUUAUCAGUCGGGUCAAAAGCUUGAUGCCUGACAUUGACUUCGAUCCCGAGAUGAAACUGAACUUCCGCUCUUUCGCGGAAACAUCUCUACGCCCCAACGCUGCAUCAGAUUUGAUCGUCUUAGACUACAAUCUCAUUCGCCUUCUCAGGGAUCCGGGGUGCCGAGACAGUCAAAAACUCGCCGGUCUCUUCUUCCUAGCAGUAUUGCUAUGCCAUGAAUUAGCCCAUAUACUGGAAUUCCGAUGUAUUCAUGGAGGCAAACUACGUCCUGACGGUGAGCCGUUCGACACUCCUCCUGGAAUCACAUGUCGUGAAGCUGGUACUGGUUGGGAAACGCGUGCAUUCGGAGGUCGAAUCCAUCCGAUCUGCACAGCAGAAAAUCAUUUACUUCAAAUUCGCGGGAUCUGCAUCCACAGCAGUGCUUGGAACUUUGAAAUGAUGAAGGUGAACGAGAGCUGGAUCCGUCGACUGUUUUCCGAAGAGCACUGGAUCGUGGAUACACACCCUUUACGGCCGCCCAUUGAUGUAUACGUGCGCCAUGCAUUCCUUGAAGAUGAGCUGAUCGAUAAGCACUUGGAGUCUCCCUUGAAAAGAAAGACGCGUGGAAGUGAUGUGCGUGUGGAAAUGCAAAGUCCGAGGAAGAAGCGUAGGCCUAUUGAGAUGAUGAAAAUUUGCGGGGGGAAAAAGGUGAAGAAAGGCCUUUCUUGA